GAACUGGGUAGUGCUUUUUUCAAAACGUCUACGUCUUCUGACUUGUUUUCGCAUCAUGAUACCUGAUCCAUCCGAAUUAGUUCAUGGUAAAUCAGUCGAUAUAGAAAAGCCUCGAUAUGAUCAGUCCACAUACAUUGGCAGAGCCAAACACUUUUUUAUUACAACUAAUCCUUUGAACGCAUUCAAAACAUCUACUGAAUUAGAAGAAGCAAGGACCAUCGUUCAUAAUUAUAGGAUAGGGAUUAUUCAACCCGGUUUAACUGUAAAAAAGCUUUGGCAAGCAAAAAAUGUGUACGACUCAGCGUUUCAUCCAGACACAGGAGAAAAAAUGAUACUCAUUGGACGCAUGUCAUUUCAAGUUCCUGGGAAUAUGUUUAUAACGGGUUGUUUGCUACAGUUUUACAAGUCUACACCGGCUGUCAUAUUUUGGCAAUGGUUUAACCAAACAUUCAAUGCCGUUGUAAAUUAUACUAAUCGUAGUGGUGACGCACCUAUUUCAUUAACACGUCUUGGGAUAUCAUAUGUUUUGGCUACUGGUGGAGCAUUAGGCACUGCAUUAACUAUCAAUAAACAAGUUCAAAAAUUCCCUCCUAUAAUUGGUCGAUUUGUACCAUUUAUUGCAGUCUCUGCAGCUAAUUGUAUUAAUAUUCCAUGUAUGAGAAGUGCAGAACUAACUGAAGGUACACCUAUAUUGGAUGAAAAUGGUGAGAAAUUGGGUAAAUCAACUGUUGUAGGACGUAGAGCUGUUAGUCAAGUGGUUUUAUCACGAAUAUUAAUGGCUUCCCCUGGAAUGAAGUUUUGGUUCUGAUGUCGGCAUCUUCAGGUGACUGCAAGCUGCAUACAAAAACAAGAUACUUCAACUGGUCUUCUGUCAUUGAUGAUAAUUUGAAACGCUCACACUCGCGGUUUACUAUACCAGCGUAUUGCACCCAGUCAUCGUCUCCAGCUUUAGCCAACUUCAGACAUUGGUAACGAAUAUUGAAUAAAAAUGACUGUUCACCAAAGAUUUGUGACAAAGUUACAACCGUUGCAUCAAAUGAAGUGUCUCUGGGAUUAUUGAAGUGAAUGAAGUUGGUGUAGCGUUCAUUUUCAGCUGUGCCAAGUUUGCGUAGCAGUACUCUGACCUUUGCGGUAUCAUCAAGUUUUUCUAGGUCGACCUUGAAUACAUAUUCGUAUUUCUUGAAGCACGAUUCAAGUGUAACUCCAGCCAAAUCAUCGAAAUGAAAUUCAUGGAUAGAAUUAAUGAUGUGGUUGACGUGGGAUUUGAACGGACCAUCUGUAAGCUCCUUUGAUUUAGAUUCAUUUGCUGGGUUAGAGCUUCUAGAAUACGAAUCUGGAACUGUUCGAAACGUUUUUCUUGACGCUCCAGCAAGGCUUCGAAUUAGUCAAAGGUAAAUGACAUCUUGAUAAGUUAACCCCGUCGCCAGUUGUUAGAUCUAGAAGCUUAGAUAUUUAAUAUACCGCAUAUGAUUUGAGCAUCUGAAUGCUAGAAUCUAAGUAUACAUAAAAUUACGGGUUUUUAUAGAUAUUAGCGUUUGGUGAAUCAACAUUAUAAUUCAGCUAAUCUGCAGAGAGGCAUGUUAUGCUACUGACCAGUGGUAGCAUGCCACGUUGACAUUCUAGAAAGCUCCACUGCGUUCUGACUGUAUAGAACUCUUCGGCUCUUCAAGAGCCUCUGGAGGCUCCUUCGUAGUUCUCGAAGGUCGUCCAACAUAAAUCUUUAUCAAAAUUAAAUUAGGUUCGCUAAGUUUUAAAUUAGCAUAAGUGUCUCGUAAUAUAGAUGGCCACAUUAAUCAUAAACAGAAAAAAGGCACUACAAUGAAAUCGAAAACCGAUUUCAUAAAAUACAAUCUGUAAACAUUUGAAAUAAGUUAGUUAGAACAUGGAGAGAACACAGAACAUAUUUUGUUAAUAAAAAUUCAUUAAUGUUUAGUGGGGCCAUUUAUUUUGUCAUCAUUUAGAUCAGAAGAUGUUGUCAACGGUUCUCACCAAUUUAGUGGCCCGUAUCUGACUCCAAUUUGAUCGUAUGAAUGUUUUUUAUUGAAUGGUUGCUACCGAAAAAUGUAUGUCGCCUACCGUCGUAUAUAACUAUCGACUUAAAUCGCGUUAGUCAAUAUCGGAAUUAAAUGAGUCAAAUACGAGAAUGAAUUUCGAAUACGUUGAUGCAGACAAAAUAUCGGAGAAGAGAACGGAAUAGAGCGAAGCGAAACGACGCGCAGUAGAGAUGGUAGGUAACCAGCUCCAUUUAGUCAAACGUCAAUCAAUAUUUAUAGUCACACAAAAAUAAGUUACAGACAUGUGAUGAGUAAUGGGAUAAGAAGUGUACACACACAUAUAUGUGCUCAUAUAAAAACAGUCAAAGUUGAUUAGCGAAUAAUUAACAAUGUCAAAAUACGACUCAAGUAGAAUGAAUAGAUUUUGGUGGAGUUUCGUUCUCUG